GAGCCGCAGAGAGAGACUGAGAGAGAGAGAGAGCAAGAUGAAGAUGAAGAUGAAGAUGAAGAUGAAGAUGAAGAUGAAGAUGAAGAUGGGUUCUGCAACACUGACGCUGCUCGCUAUCUUCUUCAGCUCAGCAUGGACGGCUUCUGCAGACGAUGAUGUCCAGGAUUGUCUCCUGUCAAACGGUAUCGUAGUUGAGGACGGAAAAGAGCUCCCACUGCGAUGCGCAAACUGUUCCUGUUCGAAGGGUCGGAUGUCGUGUUUCCAAACUCACGAAUGUCAAGGGGUGUGCUCAGUAACCGGAUCCCAGGCGAUCCGCACCUUCGAUGACUCCACUUUCACGAUCAGGAGCUUCUGCGCGUAUCUCCUGGUCAAGACCGAUGCAUUCAGUGUGAUCUUGAACAACGGGCCCUGCAAAGAGGACCCCAGAAAGAUCUGCAUCGACAGUUUGGAAUUCAACUUCCAGGGGAAGAUAGUGAUCACCAUUAACUCUACAGGGGAGGUGACAUCAUCAAAAGGGGACACAGUGAUGCCAUUGCACUACGAUGAUUUGCUGACGGUCAGAAAGGUCUCCUCUUUGUUCAUGGAGGUUGCCACGACGAUAGGGGUGGUCGUGCAGUAUGACAUCAUAGGGGGGCGUGUCUAUGUGAUUGUGGAUCAAGUCUACCUGGGGAAGACCCAGGGGCUGUGCGGCACUUUUAAUCACAACAGCAACGAUGAUUUCAAGUCUGCUAAUGGCUUGGUCGAAGCGAAUCCACAGUAUUUUGUGGAUUCGUGGAAGUUUCACAGUUCCUGUCCAAAUUUGCCCCCCCCCUAACCCAUCGGAGUUGGAAGGUUCAGUAGGUAACUGUUCUUUCAUCGAGUCUUCUUUCCCGGACUGCGGGCUGGUGAUGAAUGUUGAUCGUUACCGACAGGAUUGUGAGCGCAGCGUUUUCAACCCCAUGUCGGCCGUGCUUCCUUUGUGUAUGAUCGCAAAUGACUUCACACGCCACUGUGCCUGGACAGGCAUGGCCGUCAACUACGCUGAGUGCGGUGAGUGACAGAGCAACAGGACUAC